AUGUCGAAUCCGCUUGACACCGACGCCGGGUCGGAGCUCUUCGAGAGCUACUCUGCCGAGUUCAGGCUCGUGCAGGCCGACCUUCAACAAAAACUGGACCAGAUACCCGAGCUGAGCGGUGAGCCGCGAAAGGCGGCUAUCAGCCAGGCCGAGCGGGCACUCGAGGAGGCAGAAGAGCUGCUCGGACAGAUGCAGCUCGAAAAGCAAAACAUACCCACCUCGGCCCGCACAAAGGCCAACCAGCGCUUCCGCGACAUGCAGACGACUAUCGACCAGUCCCAACGGAAGCUGCGCGCCCUCGCCGAGGACCGCUCCGCCCUGUUCGGCAGCCGCGAGCGCUACUCGGACGACCCCAACGACGUGCAGCUCGAGCAGCGCCAGCAGCUCCUCCAGGGCUCCGACAGGCUGGACCGCAGCACCCAGCGCCUCAAGGCCUCCCAGAGGCUCGCCAACGAGACCGAGUCCAUCGGCGCCUCGACCCUGGCCGACCUGCACCGGCAGCGCGAGACCAUCCAGCAUACUAACGACACCCUGCUGGACUCGGAGGGCUACGUCGACCGGAGCGUCAAGACGCUGAGGGGGAUGGCGCGUAGGAUGGCUACAAAUCGGGUGAUCACGAUCGCCAUCAUCACCAUUCUGGUUCUUUUGAUUGUUGCGGUAAUUUUCAGCAAGUUUCGGUGA